ACCCCAAAAUCAUCAACGGAAAGUUGUGCGAAGAAGACGCGACGAACAGGCACAGCAGACCACCAGCCCGCCGUCGUCCGCUGUCCACUUCGGCUCUCCGCUCUCUGCCUGUUCGAAUCCGGUUCUUUCUGAUCGCCUGGGCUCUGCGGCCUCUGCCUCCAGCUCCACUGCAGGUUUUAGUGUAAUUAUCUGGAACCGCAGAAGGGUGAAGGUUUUAGGGUUUAGACAGUUCUGCACGCUACUGAACACUCUGCCAUGGGAAAAGCUAAGAAGUCCCCCAAAUUCGCCGUUGUGAAGAAGAUAAUUUCUCAAAAAACGAUAAAACAGUAUAAAGAAGAUGUGUUGAACCCGAAUAAGAAAGAUUUGAGCAAGAAGAAGCUUCCACCUAAUGUGCCUUAUAUUUCUUCUGCCCUUUUCUUCGAGUAUAACACUGCAUUGGGGCCCCCAUAUAGAGUGUUGGUGGAUACCAACUUCAUAAAUUUCUCAAUUCAAAAUAAAUUGGAUUUGGAGAAAGGGAUGAUGGAUUGUUUGUUCGCCAAAUGCACUCCUUGCAUUACGGAUUGUGUGAUGGCUGAGCUUGAGAAGCUAGGUCAAAAAUACCGUGUUGCCCUCAGAAUUGCGAAGGACCCUCGGUUUGAAAGGCUUCCUUGUAUUCAUAAAGGGACUUAUGCUGAUGAUUGUCUUGUUGACAGGGUUACUCAGCACAAGUGUUAUAUUGUCGCAACAUGUGAUCGAGAUUUGAAGCGGAGGAUCCGCAAGAUUCCGGGAGUACCAAUUAUGUAUAUAACGCAACGCAAAUAUUCCAUAGAAAGGAUGCCUGAAGCAACCAUUGGUGGAGCUCCGAGAAUGUGAUGGGAAUGAUAUCUGACCAGUCAAUCUGGUUAUGGCCUGCAAAACCUCUAAGUUAUGAUUGAGGCAAUAUAGCUCUAUCUCUUGAACCUGAUACGGUCCUUUAUUGUAGCAUUUUUGGUAGUGCCUUUUGUCUCAACAGCUUUGUAUGGACUUGAAUCGGCUUUAGUGUAAUUGGGCACAAUGCCAUGUGUUGUUGGAGAUGGUUACCUUUUCCUUGUGGAUUUGUUAUAAAGUUUUAAAAUGCUGUUACUAAAAGUAUACGAUAUUGAUUUCAAUGCCUUCGCUAAUGUUCAAUAUUAAUGCCUUACUACUCUUUCUCGUUAA